UGACAGGGCGCGACGCUCAUGGUCACGUGACGCCGCCAUCCGGGUCCUUUGCCUUCUCUGCCUCGUCCCAACAUGGCGGCCCCAGCAGCAGCAAAGAAGAAGCCAAAGAAGGGGAAGACGCUGACGCUCACGGAUUUCCUGGCGGAGGACGGGGGGGGCGGGGGGGGCCCCACCUACAUCCCCAAACCCGUGAGCUGGGCCGACGAGACCGACGACUUGGAAGUCUCCACCACGUGGCACAGCAAUGAUGACGACGUUUACCGGGCGCCUCCGAUCGACCGCUCCAUCCUUCCCACGGCCCCGCGCGCCGCCCGCGAGCCCAACAUCGACAGAAGCCGCCUCCCCAAGUCCCCCCCGUACACGGCAUUCCUGGGAAACCUGCCCUACGAUGUCACGGAAGAGUCCAUCAAGGAUUUCUUCCGAGGGCUCAAUAUCAGCGCCGUGCGGCUCCCACGGGAACCCACCAAUCCCGAGAGGUUGAAAGGUUUCGGAUACGCAGAAUUCGAGGAUAUCGAUUCCCUGUUCCAGGCCCUGAGCCUGAACGAAGAGUCUUUAGGAAACAGAAGGAUACGAGUGGAUGUGGCGGAUCAAGCUCAGGAUAAAGACCGGGACGAUCGCUGCUUCGGCAGAGACCGGGAUCGCUUCCGGGACUCGGAGCGGUUCGAGAGCGACUGGCGCGCGCGUCCGGCCGCUCCCGACGCCUUCGAUGACUUCCCCCCGCGCCGGGGCGACGAUGGAUUUGGGGACAGAUAUCGUGAUCGCUACGACGACCGGUAUCGGGACGGGCCGCGGCGGGACAUGGAUCGUGGCUUUGGGAGCCGGGAUCGCUACGACGACCGCAGCAGGGAUUAUGACCGAGGCUACGAUUCCCGAAUAGGCAGCGGCCGGAGAGCCUUUGGAAGCGGGUACCGCCGGGACGACGACUACCGUGGCUAUGAGGAUCGCUAUGACCGGCGGGAUGACCGGAUGGAUCGGUGGAAUUCCCGGGAUGAUUACGGCCGGGAUGAUUUCCGCCGCGAGGACAGAGGUCCCACCCAGAGGCCGAAGCUCAACCUGAAGCCCCGGAGCGCUCCCAAGGAGGAGGAAACUUCCGGAGCUCCCGCUGCCCAAUCCAGCCGGGCCGCUUCCAUCUUCGGGGGGGCCAAGCCUGUGGACACGGCGGCUCGGGAGCGGGAAGUGGAGGAGCGGCUCCAGAAGGAGCAGGAAAAACUCCAGCGGCAGCUGGAGGACGACAAGAGGAUCGACAGACGGCCCCGGGAAAGGCAUCCGAGCUGGCGCAGCGAGGAGAACCAGGAGCGGUCCCGGACGGGCAGCGAGUCCUCGCAGAGCGGCCCCGCGGGACCGCCCGGCACGUCGGCGGGCUCCGGCCCCACCGGCCGCACCACGCGGAGGAGGGAGAGCGAGAAAUCCCUGGAAAACGAGCCCCUAGGAAAAGAGGAGGAGCCGCCCUCGCCGCCGCCCAAAUCCCGCGAGGAGAAGCCGAAGGUGAUGCCGGCGCCGCCUCCCAAGGAAAACGCCUGGAUGAAGCGGAGCGGCCAGAACGCCCCCGGCAAUUCCCAGAGCUCCGACUCGGAGCAGCCCUCUCCCACCAGUGGGGGCCCCUCCGGCCCCUCGCCCCCUGGCGAUGAUGGGGGCCCCCCCAGGACCCCCCAGAGGAGAGCAGAGGAACUGAAGCCGGAGGGGGCUCGGGAGAGCAGCUCCAAGGGCCGGAGCUGCAGCCGCGGCCCCGCAGGAGACCCCGAGAGGAGGGACUCGCGGAAGGAGCACGAGCCAAAGAAACUGGAGGAGAACCCCCCCUCCUUCAGCCACGCCAGCAAAUACGCCGCGCUCUCCAUGGACGGGGAGGAUGAAGGUGAUGAUGAAGAAGGAGCUGAGUAAAAGCUUCCUCCCCCUCCUCCUCCUCCUCAGCCGCCGCGGGAACCUCCGGAGAUUCCCAAAAAUCCCAACCUUGAUCCAGGCGAGACGGAAAUAAAACCUAAAACUCA